AUGGCUGAUCUAGCUGGCCUCGUACGGUGCUCCUCCACGCACGGCGAUCCGUGGCAGCAGACCUGGACAUUUCGAACCAUCAUCUUUGCCAUCAUCGGAGACGGAAUACCGAAGGUCCAAGAACCACUUCCAUGUCCUGAUGGACUGACCCUUGAAGAUGCUUAUGGACCCGACGCGAUACUUCUAUCUCCACAAAGGUCUGCGUGUACCGUGCAUCUGUACGGUAUGAUCUUCUAUAGGGAUGCGAAUGCUGGGCUAUGUGCGAGGAAGAUGAACGGAAACUUGAGGUCUUUGACCACUGUUAUAUGCGGGAAAGUGCAAGCGUUUCCGGCCUCUGGUGCCCAAAAUCCGAAGGCGGACAGUCUUCAUCACGACCAUUUCGAUUUCUGCUGCCUGUCUGAAGUGCGAAUCCCCGACUCAGCCGGAAGGGAAAUAAAUACCCUGGGAUUUAACUCACACUUCAAAUUCUACCAUAAACGCCCAGGCGACUCUUCUGGUGCGGCUAUUGCCCUCUUAGUACGAGCGAACCGUGAACUGCUUGCAUGGGAGUCAUUUAAUGACCACACGGCCUACUCGCGACUUAAGGGCCACUUUACCAACACUUUUGUCGUCUUUGUUUACGCGCACAAAUCAGUUGCCGAACAGCGCCAUAAUAAGACCUUCUACAGGGUUUAG